ACUGCGGGCGGACGCGGCGCCGCUGCGGGACCUCUCCGUGCCCGGCCCGUCGCCGCCGCGGCAUGAGCGGGGCUGACCCGGGCACCGGCAGCGGGGACGCGUCCCGCGGCCUGCGGGCCUACCCGGCGCUGCCGGUGUGGGUGGUGGAAGACCACCAGGACGUGCUGCCUUUCAUCUAUCGAGCCAUUGGUUCUAAGCAUCUUCCUGCCAGUAACAUCAGCUUUGUUCAUCUUGAUUCCCAUCCAGACCUUCUUAUUCCUGUGAAUAUGCCUGCAGAUACUGUGUUUGACAAAGAAGCUCUUUUUAAUGAAUUAAGUAUUGAGAACUGGAUUAUGCCUGCUGUUUAUGCUGGCCAUAUUUCUCAAGUAGUAUGGCUUCACCCACCCUGGGCUCAGCAGAUCUCAGAAGGAAAACACCAUUUUAUGAUUGGGAAAGACAUAUCAACAACUACAAUCAGGGUUACAGGUACAGAUCAUUACUUUUUAAGUGAUGGUCUUUAUGUCCCUGCUGAUCAGCUAGAAAACCAGAAGCCUUUAAAUUUACACGUCAUUCUCAUCAGUCCUACUGAAGCAUCAAACAGCUGGGAAGAAAAUGGUGAAGUAGCAUCUGCCAAGAGACUGAAGCUAAAUACAGAUGACACAGCAAGCACCGCUUCUGCCUCUGCAUCAGUAGCUCCUGGUGACCCUGUUCAGAGCACAUUAAGAGUGAAGAAGGAAGUACAAAACACAAGUGCACCAAACAAGGCAGAAACAUUGUCAGAGUGCCCAGCUUCAAGCUCCCUCAGAAACAGUGAAUGCCAGAUAAGGGGAGUUGUUAAAGAUGUCUGCCAAGUACUGCAGAAAGGGGAUGCAUAUGUUUUAGACAUUGACUUAGAUUUUUUUUCAGUUAAAAAUCCAUUCAAAGAAAUGUACUCUCAGACAGAGUAUGAGCUUUUGCAAGAGUUGUACCAUUUCAAGAAGCCUCAUAGAAAUGCAACAGAGGAGAGCUUGCUGGAUUGUGUUGAAAACCGUGUUCAUCAGCUAGAAGAUCUGGAAGCAGCAUUUGCAGAUUUGUGUGAUAAUGAUGAUGAAGAGACCCUACAGAAGUGGGCUUCAUAUCCUGGAAUGAAGUCACUUGUUCAACUAGUUCACAGUUUGAAAACCAGGAUGGAAAGCCCAGACUACGAAAUGGUCCAUCAGGCUGGUCUGACCUGUGAUUAUGUGGAGCUUCCUCACCAUGUUAGCACUGAAGAGGAGAUCGAAGGCCUCAUACAAUCUGUUAAAGUUCUACUAAAAGAUAUUCCUAAGCCCACACUUGUGACAGUUGCUCGAUCAAGUUUGGAUGACUACUGCCCUUCAGAGCAGGUUGACAUCAUUCAAGAGAAGGUUCUCAAUUUACUAGGUUCAGUGUAUGGCACUCUGGAUGUGCACUUAGAUUACUCAAGCACCUCAUCUUCUUUGUGACCUAUGCAUUGCCAUCUAAUGCUGUGGAUUAACUUAAAUUGCACAUUAGCUAUGGUUGCAAGGGGAGAAAUACUUCUAUUUCAGCAGGUGGCACUAGAACCCCAAGCUAACCAAGAGCUAUUUUUGAGUUACAUUUCUUCAAGUCAGCUGCAUCGAAGCAUUACCUGCUUGACUUUGUUCGUAUUAGUUCUGUUAUUACUAUCUUUUCUGUCCUGUUCUUGAAAUGGGUGUAAGGAAACUAUUUUUUUGUCCCUAAAAUGUAUUUUUUUCACCUGAUUUCUUUUAAGUGUCUGUUAAAAAUAAUACAUGUAACUUCUUAAAUUUAUUUAUUUUGUGUACAUAAUUUUUGAUGCAGUUUGGUGAGCAACAAGCAUGGUCCUGAGUUGCGUUGUACCUUUAAAAAAAUAAUCUCAGUAAUGCCAUUAAGACAUUAGGUUUACAUAGUGAUCUUUCUCUGCUCAAAAUGACCAGGCAUCCCCCUAUCAUUUCUGUAGAGCAGCUUAUGUCUUCUGCCCCAUCCACAGAAUACAAUUUAUAUUUAUAAUCUGUUGCAUUAAUAUUGUCUUAUUUCACUUUAGAGUAUUUCAUUGGUGACUCAGAUAAUAUCCUAAUAUACAGACAUUGAUUUGGUAUUUUAAUUUUUACAUAUUUUUGAGAAAAAAUGUAUGCAUUUAUGUGCAUGCUUUUAUCUGUUGAAUCCUGUAGGGAGUUGAAUUGAGGGUUUCUUCAGAAACUAAGAUUUAGCUGCACUGAAGUCAGCAGCAAAACCUUCUGUACCAGGUCUUCAGUCAUUUCAGUAUUGCUGUUUGGAAAAUAACAGUUUUAGAACCAUGUAUUUUAGUGAGCAAUCUGGUUCUAGAGAAAACUGCCACUUCCAGAGGAAAAAAAACACAUUGAUUUAUUUGGGAAUGAAGCUGAAAUGGGAAAGAGAAAACACCACCUAGAAUAUUGUCUUUUAUAAUAAAUAAAUUUUGCUUGCAGUUUCUUCUGAAAUGGUCACGUUCAUUUGUUAACAUUAGUAUUUGCUCCGCAGAAACUUGGUGCACUUUUGCUGAUUUGUACUACUUCUGCUGAUGAUACAAAUGUCUACAUUAUGGAUUGUAAAUAUAGAAUGAUUUUGAAAUAUUUCUUACAGUAGAAUAAAUUCCAUGACCAUGGA